ACUAUCUAAGGUUUAAGAAGUUGCGCCUUUUUUAGAUCGGAAAUGGAUAUGACAUUUUCGUUUGCAUCUGCGUCCGUUGUUGAGCAUGAUUGCCUUCGUAACGUAGUAAAAUUAGCAAAAGAAAACAAUGUACAUCUUCCAGAAGAAACUUGCUGGCUUCUUUUGGAUGCUUGUUUGUCGAAACUACCUAUGAAGAAAACUUAUCAACUUCUUGAUGAAUUAUACAGCACUGAAGAGAUAAGAUUUCCGGAAGGUUGUGAGUUUGCUGUUGAAUCGAUACGGGCACGUUCAGUCAAUAAGGGUAAUGUUUUUUACUAUGUAAAAUGGGCUGGAUGGCCACCCGUAUUCAACACAUGGGAACCGGAAUCUAACCUUCGUGGAUGUGAAGAUCUCAUUCAGAAGUUUGUUGACUCAUAUGGUUCACUGAUUGGGAUGCUUCCGCCGGAGUCUCAACCAGAUAGAAAAUCUCAGAUUAAAGAAGUAAUAGAUCGACUUAAGGAGGCUAUUGAUCCGACGGGAGAAUUACCGUUGUAUUUGCUUGAGCGCUUCGCUAGUCUCCAGCCUGAUCGUACUGACAACUUCCGACCAUAUAAACCUCCACCUAUGAUAAGCAUUGAAAAGCUUUUGUUUUCCCAGUCAGUCGGCAGUACUGCAGAAUCUGUUUCUAUCAAACGACCUCCGAACGUUUCAGACCUUCUGCCAUUGUCCGCUAAGCGCUUUCGCCUUAGCAGAAAGGAUAGACAAGUUUUAAAUUCCGCUUUAAACGCAUUCCAACAAAAGCUUAGUGCUGUCUACUGUGAUGAAGCACCUAUAACUGUUGAAAAUUCUGUAGAUUCUGAGUGUCCUCCUGUUGAAUUUCAACCAAUUCCGGAUUAUUUGCCUGGGCAAGGAGUAUUUUUACCAACCAAAGCUCCAAUUGGCUGUGAAUGUACACUAGAAAACUUGGAUAGAUCAGAAUUGGCAAAAAUUUCUAAAACAGAUAGUGGUGACAGUUCAGCAAUUAUAUAUCCUUGUUGGAUUAAUAGACGACGUAGUUGUUGUGCCGUCCAUGCUGGUGCAGUACCUCCAUAUGAUAAACGCAAGAGAUUAAUUGCUCCACCUGGUCAUCCUGUUUAUGAAUGUAACUCCUUAUGUCCAUGUGAUUCAUUAUGCCCAUUUCGUGUUGUACAAUUGGGACGAAAAGUUCCAUUAUGCAUUUUUCGUACACGAGAUCGAGGAUGGGGUGUUAAAACAAUGGUUUCCAUUGGAAAGGGAACUUUUGUUGCUGAAUACUUAGGAGAGAUCUUGACUUUUGAUGAGGCUGAAAAACGCGGAUUGAUAUAUGAUAAACAAACUAUGACUUAUCUCUUCGAUUUGGAUUUUGAAGGUGAUGCACAUUAUACUGUAGAUGCUUCUCAAAUGGGUAAUAUAUCACAUUUCAUCAAUCAUUCGUGUGAUCCUAAUCUCACAGUUCGUUGUGUUUUUAUUGAAUGUCUUAACACAAAGUUGCCUCGUAUUGCACUCUACGCAUCUAGAUUUAUUAGAAAGGGAGAAGAAAUUACAUUCGAUUACAAUAUGACGGGUGCUGUUGCUGCAGACGGUGAUGACGUAAGAGAUGAUCCUGAAGUAACAGAAAUGCCAUUAUCAGAUACACCGUCUAGUUCAGCAACUAGUAAUGAUAAGAGUCCAACUCCAUCCACUUCUUCAGUUGAUAUCACUCCUGAUACAGGUAGUGAGGUCUCUUUCGAUGGCAAAUCUCUUGGACCUAAGGGUCCUCGCAUGAAGUGUCUUUGUCGAAGCAAGAAGUGUCGUGGUUAUCUGGUCAAUUAGAUGCUUAUUCAUCCUGUUCUCAGUGUAUUGACCGGUUGCAAAUGAAGCUUAUUUGUGCUCAUUGCAUUCAUCUGACGAGAAUCUAUUAGGAAUAUUCAUGUUCAAGAUUUUUUUCUAUUCCUGUUUUAAAAAAAAUUUAUAUUGUUUACCUAUGAUUUCUAUUCAAAACAUGAUGUGUAUAAACUCGUAAAAGUAACUUAGUAUACACUUUGUCUUAUAGUUGUAUGCUUUGUCUCUUUCUAUCAAUCUUUAGUUUUAUUCAACACUUUUCUAACCAAUUCAGGGUGUUUACAAAUGUACUUUUCUUAAAAAUGUUUCCCCGUAUCUCAGUGGUCUCUAUCCACCUUUUUUUAUGAGUAGAUAGCAAUAUUCUAGGUUCAUUGAUUCUAGAAAAGAAGGACUUAUAUGUUUUUAUUGUCUAUUGUUAUUAUUAUAAUUACUCAUAAUUAAAUAUUUUGUAUGCAAAGAUUGACUCAUAACACGAAAAUGAAUUGUUUGUCCCAUCAUUUUCUAACAUUUGAUUGAAUUUCUUCAAGUGUGUAAUCAUUUUUUACCAUAAUAUUCAGAGUAAAAGCCCCCAGACAACACAUAACUUACUGCUUGCUCAAAUACACAUUACC